UGAACGACCACAGAAGAUUGCACACCUGUGUUGUGCUUACCAAAUGCAUCGUUAGUUUUCUGCAGGAUUCCUGACCGUAACGCGGCACGAAUGUGAUGGAGGAUUAUAAAUUUCUCUUUAAAGUUGUUCUCGUGGGAAAUGCGGGCGUCGGCAAGAGUUGCCUCGUGCGCAGAUUUACCCAGGGAUUAUAUCCCCCUGGUCAAGGUGCAACAAUAGGUGUUGAUUUUAUGAUUAAGACUGUAGAAGUAGAAAAUGAGAAAGUUAAGCUUCAAAUCUGGGACACUGCUGGACAAGAAAGGUUUCGUUCAAUAACUCAAAGUUAUUAUAGAUCAGCUCAUGCUUUGAUUUUAGUGUACGACAUUUCUUGUCAGCCUACAUUUGAUUGUUUACCAGAUUGGUUGAGAGAAAUUGAAGAAUAUGCCAGUAAUAAAGUUCUUAGGAUAUUAGUAGGUAAUAAAAUUGAUCGAGAGGAUAGGGAGAUACCGACACAUGUAGGAGAAGAUUUUGCACAAAGACAUGGAAUGUACUUUUUGGAAACUUCUGCCAAAGAAGCAGAGAAUGUGGAACGAUUGUUUAUGGAAAUAGCAGCUGAACUCAUGGAGCAAGCACGCAGUAAGGAGUUACCCAGAUAUGAAACAAAUACAACAUCACUAAAUGGAAAAACAACAUCAAUUGGUGAUACAAGUAACUGUGGUUGUAGUCGACUUUCUUAAGUAGAUUUUAUAUGUAACAUUAAGUCAUUCGACAAACACAAAUUUUCAGUUGCUAAAUAUGUACUUAGGACACUAUCUUACAGUUUUUAUAGAAAACAGAGGUUGAAUAUGAUAUUAAUCAAUCUUUUAGAUUUUAAAGAAAAGAGAAUUCUCAU